GGUUUGAUGGGUUUGAUGCCAAGUUGAUGCCAAGUCAAGUUGAUGAUAACAACGCGUUUUGAGUGGUGUUUUGGGCGCGCGUGUUGGUGGUUAUUGUUGUAUGUGGGUGUAGUGGGUGUUUCUCGAUGAUUGUUGUGAAUGGCAAGAGUCUUUUUAUUUCUCAGUUCGUAUUUCCGAGCCGUAUGUUAAUUUUUACCAGCUAAAAUUCAAAGCUGUCCAGGAUGGACUCUAAGAAGUUCUGCCUCAAAUGGGACUGGUUCCAGGGCAGCGUCACGUUUGUGUUUGACCAGCUCUGCUGUGGAAGGGAGCUGCUGGAUGUCAUGCUCUGCUGUGAGGGACAGCGUGUCCGGGCCCACAGAUGAUGCUGUCUGCCUGCAGUCUGUACUUCAGGGAACUGCUCAAGGCUCGGCGGCUAAUGCUCCGGGCUCCUUACCGGUGACGGAGGAGGGUCCUUCUCUCCGCCUCUGAAGGAGCUCACUCAACUACCCUCUCGCCCCGCGCCAUCUGCGCCGUCCUCACCGCCGGCCGACCCGACCAACGGGAAUGACAGACGCCCUCCGGCACUGCUGUGAGAGGAAACUGAAGGAGAGCGUCGCUGCCAGACUACCCGAGGGCGCCUAUCUGCACCAGCCGCCGUCCCGGUACAUUUUCCCCGGAAUGGAGGUGCUGGUCGACCCGAUGACUCGGGCAGUGACGCUGGGCUCGGAGCGCGGCAGCGACGAUGAGUUGGUGACCGCUGACGACCAUCUAAACCACUCCUCGGACACUCCAGAGACGGACGUCACGCCUCCACACACCGACUCAUGUCCUCCAACUCCUCCCGGACGGGUUACUCCCUCUGCGGCAUCAUCAGGAGCGGCGUCUUCAACAUCGGCUGCUGCAGUGGAGACUUCAGCCAGACGGACGGUGACAAACCUUUGUCGGAGGAUGCCGGAGUCGGAGCCAGUCAUGGUGGGUUGUUGGGGGCUGAGCCCUGAAAAGGCCGAUCAGUGACACACUAGCAAAGGACGAGGGGGAUGUGAAGAGACGUCCGGCGCUCGGCGGUGGUGGCGAGCCUGAUGAUUCUCCCAUCACCGCGCCGCCAACGCCGGGGGCAGUGGUGGCGCGGGAAGUGCGCCGGAAAAUGCCACCGGCGCGACUGACGAGAUCAGCUAAUCUACCACUGAGGUCCGGGGGUCGGGUAAAACACACCGAAGUCGGGGUCAGUUCAGUGAGAGUUUUCAUGCGCAUACCAACACAGAUUGGUGACCAUAAAGAUCUAUUUUCAUACAGUGUCUGCACCUAAUGUUGUGCCUGGGUGACUGAUGCGGUUAGACUGAGUUUGGGGCUAGGAAGUGGAGAUCAUGAAUCAGACUGAUUCGGUUUGAAAGCCAUCAUGUGAACUGUUGUGGAGCUAUGAGCCAAUGGUGAGCUAAUUUAGGGCUACGAGCUCCAUGGAGCUAUGAGCCAGUGGUUAGAUUUAUUUAGUUAUGAGCCAGUGGUGAGCUAAUUCGGAGCUGGGAGCUCAGGGUGAGCAAAUUGGAGACUAUUAGAGAUGAGCUAGUUUGAGCUAUAUGAAGCAGGAGUGAGCUAUCAUGAAGCGCUAAGCCAGUGGUGAGCUAAUUAAUCCCAUUUGUUGGCGUGUAUCGUUGGACAAAUACCUCAUUUAUUUGUGACAUCAUUAAACACCAGAAGUUUUCUCUCUUCAGUGCAACACGACAACAACACAAGAACGCAUGGCGGCGGCCAUUACGGACAGGAGGACCUUAGUGGUGAGGGACCGUCCAACCAAAGGCGUCCAACCAACUUCUGAACUCCGGUCCUCAUGCUACACGUGCACUUCUGCCGUACAAAGGCAAAACCUCCUAUGUUUCGAUUUUCGCCGAUAUUUUAUUUUUCACUAGAGCAGUUUUUGUGUUUUUGGUAAUUGUCGACGUAAGAAACAACAGAUGUCACAAAAUCGUAUAUCCUCGGAAUCCUUAGAAAACGAGAAAUUUCAUUGUUAUAAAAUAAAAUGACAAUGCCAAAUACUAUCCAUGAAAAGGCUAAAAGUAGGUUAUGCCAGUGUAAUUUUUAUGAGCGAUGCAAAGGCAAAAACACCUUUGUUGCAAAAUGCCGUCAAAAUCCCCUAUGUUAAGAAAUUAUACCUUUCCCUUGCGAAGACAAAAACCCCUAUGUUGCAAAAGGCCGUCAAAAUCCCCUAUGUUAAGAAAUUAUCCCUUUCCAUUGCAAAGGCAAAAACUCCUAUGUUGCAAAAUACUAUAAAAAAACACUGUGUUGGGAAAUUAGGGCGUUGGAAAGCAAAUACCUACGCGAUGCUCAUGUGGUGCGAUUAAAGGCAAAGUAUCAAAUACGAAUACCAGUGAUAUUGAAAUAUCAAAUAAUUUAUUGCCAGUACGCUUCGUCGAUGAAAAGAAAGUAUGCUAGUUGUUAUAAAUCAUUCUAAUGCGUGGUUGUCAUGUCCUCGCGAACAUGACAGAAAGACAAAGUCUAAACAAAGCAUGUAUUCGUUCGUCAAAAUGAUCAUACACGCAACAUUGCGGUUACACAAAACGCAUCGUCUGACGCUUAUAUUGCAGAUUGAUUGAUCACAUUGCGGUUACACAAAACGCAUCGUCUGACGCUUAUAUUGCAGAUUGAUUGAUGAUUGAUGAUUGAUUGAUGAUUGAUUGAUUGAUUGAUUGAUACCACAAGCUAUACCACAAGAAAUCAUCAAGACUGUGAGCCGAUACAAAUGCAUCAUCACAACACCAGGCAACGCUACGCCUAUGUCUUCAUCAUGUCCCGAUGUUCAUCGGGUUCGUCGCCUUUUGCGUGACUGAGUUGUGGUGGCGAAUGUCGUCCCUGCAGGCGCGCUUGUGCCGGCCGCCAUCGUCUCCCAGAAGGCACGCUUGUGCUGCUCGAGAUGAGGCACGAGCGUCUCGCAGAUGGCCUUGAUCUUUGCCUUCUCGAUACCAGAUAUCUUCGAUCUCAUUGGCAGCGGCUCUUCUGCUGAAAACGUGCUCUUCGUUAGCUUGUAUGCCAUCCACGUUGUCCCUUUUAGGUCAGUCUUCAUCAUGAGGUCCUCGGACCCCCGCCGAACUCUCAGAGCCUUCAGGUCCGCCAGAUAUGGCCGUUGUUCGUCGCUUGACAGCGCCGCCAGUCGCUGCCGGCUGAUCCCGUCCUCCACUUCUACCAUGUUCACCUGUGGCCUCAUUUGCAUGGUUUUUGUGCCACUAGCCUCCGUAGCCUUGACAUAGUCUUCAAAAUCUUGUAUCUUCCGUUGCUUGAACCUCUUUGAUAUCGUCUGAUGUACAGCGUCAGCCGACAUGGACGUGUGUCCUGUUUCCAAAAACUUCACUGUGAUCGUGCUCGUUCUCGUCUUCGUAGAGUUGACCGUCUUCAGAAGAGCGCUGCACAAGGCCCAACUCUUAUUCUGCGCACCACAAUUAUCCGCCCAGAUGGUAACAUGAGCGACGUCCCGACAGGCGGACUCGAGGUACAGCACAUAUGCUGCGGCGACCUCUUCUGCGCUCCGUCCAGCGUGUCCUUCGUGCCAGACUACGCACAUACUGUUCUCCUUCUGGAGAGCCCUUCUGCUUGAUUUAUCUCCUUUGUCUGUCGGCAUGAGGAUGCUGAAAGUUUCAUUGUAGCAAAUUAGUCUCUGUGUGAAGAUGGCUUCUUUCAAGGGAAGAAUCGGAAUUACCAUGACUUUCAUCAUAUCGGCUGACAGCACGAUCUCAUCAUCACUCCAUGUUCUAUCUGCGUCGGCACGAUACUCGUUUCUAGCUAUCUUGGCUAGAUCCAUGUGUUCAGCGUGAGCGCAGCACUCACUACAUCCUUCGAUGUGCUCGGAGGGUUCCUUCGCCUGCCUUCCAUGGCAGUCCUUCAAAUGCUGGAGAUGAACGGAGCAUUUCGCACACUCUUCUCCCGCGAGUUGUGCGAACGAGAUGUUCAUCUCGCGCACGACCUUCCUGUAUGUCUCGUAAGAGCACUGCCCACCACGGCGGGUGUAGUCUGUGUACAUGUCACGCACAGUUACAUCUGAGGGUAAGUACAUCCUCUGAGGCGCAUGCAUAUAGCGAUAGUGGUGCUUGAUUGGGUGGUAUAAGUUGACGUGAUCCUUGAUCAUAUAGCGGUCAGUCUUGUUCGAAGGGCAGUGACACCCCCGCUCGUCUCCUGCCGGCCGGAUCGAACCAUCUUUGACGGCUGAUAGGACAGCUUCAGCGUUAUCAGCCGCGAACCCGAGUGUUGUCAGAUAGAACGAUCUGCACACAGUGACCGAUUUGUCUCCAGAUGGCAACGACCAGGAGAACGCCCUGGUACGCCUGGGAUCAGAUUCCCUCCGGUGUUCGGGACGACGAACAUGCACGUCUGUUGACUUGACGUAAGUUCGAUACCACUGUUGGCGUGCCUCACGGCUGAGCUGGUUGACCUCAGUGUUAAUCUCGAUCCGAGUGGAUUCCAAAACCUUCUUGAAACACUCAUUGCGGCAUCCAUCCUUGCACUGUUUUGGAACAUUUAGUACCGGAUGCUUCUGCGCGAAGUUGGCGACUUUCUGUGCGGAGGUUCUCGCUCUCUUCUUGACUGCCGUUUUUCUUCGCUUAGGUGGGGGUGAGCUGGUCGCUGGCGAGUCUACUUCUCCUUCUGCUUCCGGAAGAUCAUCUGGGUCAACAGUUUCCUCGGUCGUACCUUGCAUGUCGCCGUGUGUGUUAGUGGCGGCUCUUGGCGUGAAUAUGCCUACUAACGGGGACACUUCAAGCAACAGCUCGUCUUCGCUCAGAAACAGAUGUUCUACCGACUCCAUGUUCGCGUCAUUCAUGGAAGUCAGUGGGUUCAAAUAUCUUUGCAUUUCCGAUGUCUCGGGCAUUGCUUCCCUCUCUGGCUCCAGAUAUGCAAAGGCUUCGUCACAAAACAGCUCGUCACCAGGUCCGCCCGGUGCUCCGUCUCCGCCUGGUCCACUCGGUGUCAUGCCUCCGUCCAUUCCACUCGGUGUGCUGUCUCCGCCUGGUUCACUCGGUGUCCUGUCUCCGUCCGUUCCAGUCGGUGUUCCGUCUCCGCCUGGUCCGCUCGAUGUGCUGCCUCCGUCCAUUCCACUCGGUGUGCUGUCUCCGCCUGGUUCGCUCGGUGUGCUGUCUCCGUCCGGUCCAGUCGGCGCUCCGUCUCCGUCCGGUACGCUGGGUGCUCCGUCUCCGCCUGGUCCGCUCGAUGUGCUGCCUCCGUCCGGUCCAGUCAGUGUGCUGUCUCCGUCCGGUCCAGUCGGUGCUCCGUCUCCAUCCGGUACGCUCGGUGCUCCGUCUCCGCCUGGUCCGCUCGAUGUGCUGCCUCCGUCCAUUCCACUCGGUGUGCUGUCUCCGCCUGGUUCGCUCGGUGUGCUCUCUCCGUCCGGUCCAGUCGGUGCUCCGUCUCCAUCCGGUACGCUCGGUGCUCCGUCUCCGCCUGGUCCGCUCGAUGUGCUGCCUCCGUCCGGUCCAGUCAGUGUGCUGUCUCCGUCCGGUCCAGUCGGUGCUCCGUCUCCAUCCGGUACGCUCGGUGCUCCGUCUCCGCCUGGUCCGCUCGAUGUGCUGCCUCCGUCCGGUCCAGUCAGUGUGCUGUCUCCGUCCGGUCCAGUCGGUGCUCCGUCUCCAUCCGGUACGCUCGGUGCUCCGUCUCCGCCUGGUCCGCUCGAUGUGCUGCCUCCGUCCAUUCCACUCGGUGUGCUGUCUCCGCCUGGUUCGCUCGGUGUGCUCUCUCCGUCCGGUCCAGUCGGUGCUCCGUCUCCAUCCGGUACGCUCGUUGUGCUGUCUCUGUCCGGUCCAGUCAGUGUGCUGUCUCCGUCCGGUCCAGUCGGUGCUCCGUCUCCAUCCAGUACGCUCGGUGCUCCGUCUCCGCCUGGUCCGCUCGAUGUGCUGCCUCCGUCCGGUCCAGUCAGUGUGCUGUCUCCGUCCGGUCCAGUCGGUGCUCCGUCUCCAUCCAGUACGCUCGGUGCUCCGUCUCCGCCUGGUCCACUCGGUGUCGGUGUCACCGCCUCAUCUUCGACCUCUGUGAAAAGCGGGUUGAUGGGAUUCCUGAGUCUGUAAUUACUAUUUUCAGGGCCGCUGAAUGAACUGAAUGUACUCAAUGUAUGAAUGUACUCAACAGACAUGUUCGUGGAUCCUAGAAAUGGAUCUGGAGAUCUGAUCCCAUGGAUCUGGAUCCGAUAUCAUAUGGGAUCAUAGAUCCGAGUCUCCAUUUUGUCGAGAGAUCCACUCGGAUCAUGGAUCCGGCAUUCGGUUUUGUCGAGAGAUCCACUUGGAUCAUAGAUCCCAAGCUCCCCAACCUGCUAUCAUCCAAGAACAAGAUAGCAGGUUCAAGACCGUGAUUCAGUGCAAUAUGUGACUAAUGAUGCCCAAGUUCAAGCUUAAAUUGGUUAAUUAACCGUUAUUAACAGUUAUAAGUGUCAAAAACUGUUUUUGUCGAGAGAUCCACUCGGAUCAUGGAUCCAACCUUUGGUUUUGUCGAGAGAUCCACUGGGAUCAUAGAUCCGACCUUCGCUUUCGUCCAGAGAUCCAUUGGGAUCAUGGAUCCAUGAUUCCAUUUUGUCACGGGAUCCACCGAGAUCAUAGAUCCACAGUUGGGAUCCAAGAACAUGUCUGGUACUCAAUGAACUGAAUGAAUUCAAUGUAAACAAUUGAUCCUAAAAGAAACGCUGAUUGUUGUCUUUUUAAUGUUUUCAAAUACAGUCAAACAUGGUUCAUGUAAUACGUAUGUACUUGCACAUUUAAAAGUAUUUACCUUGCACAAGGCCGAAGCUUUUCGGUGGCUUGAAAACUAUGACUCCGGUCCACAGUUUCUUCCCAUGAAGCAUCGUGACCGCUGAACCGCCACAAUGUGAACCUCUAAGAGACGAGAGAGGCACGUAGUGCGAUUGGCCCUUGCUGACGUCUUCCCACUGAACAAGAACAUGAGGUCUUCCGGCCACUUUCCUGUUAUAUGCAUAGGGCACGCCCCCUUUGCGAGGCUUCAUGGCGAUAGGUUACCUAAAUACACAUAAGUGACAAUGAUUAUC